UGUAUGUUAAAGUGUUUCAAAAUUUAUAAAAUUCUAAAAAGAACUAACGCAAACAGCACGCACAUCUAAAAUCGAAACAUAAAAUAUCUUACGUGUGUACUGUCUGGGAAGUAAUAAAAGUUCUUAUCAUUUUUUACUUUCAAGCAGCAGUUUUCGAAAUAUAAAUUGCUUACGGAGAGGCUUAUAGAGCUUAACUGCGAAUUAAUAUUACGAAUCGCGCAUUUAAUUUAAUACAUCCGCUGACAUUAGAAAAUACGUUGACAUUUCUCUUAAUAUACGUAAAAGCCGAUAAUAAAUUUUUUUCAAAAAAGCAUUAGGAAACAAGUUGAACGAGUACUUUGAUAUUUAAAUUCACCUCAGAUUAAAAUGCAUGAUUUGCAAAAUUUUAGAUCGUGUCUAAAAAGAAUUUUACGUUAUAUUUCCCCUUCCCGUUGCAUACACGCAUAUCUAUAUACAUCAUUUUUUUAUUACGUAAUAGAAUGGUUGCGGAGAUGGCGCGGUGGUAUCGCGCGCGCGAGUGCGACGCUGACCGGCGUCGCGACGCGCAGUCGGGGCCGCUUCAGACCGAUCGGAGUCGCGCCGCGUCGUAGACGCGCGCGUAUCGUCCGCGGCAUCGUACCCCACACGGUUCGACGCGUCUUUCACACGCGAAUUGAGACAAGCGCGGGACGAUCGUGUUAUCUUUGCAGUUACAGUGCCGUGACAGUUUCCCGUACGCGCAAACUGACCGAGCGAAUCCCGUCGAACGUCGCGGACGCCCGGUCGCUGCAGGCGUCGACAUAUUGCGCGCAUCGCGCUCCGGACGAGUUUUCCGAUAAUCAUACACGUUUUUCCCCCCGCUCGAGGCUCGGUUUAUCCUGUCCCGCGCGAGAAACUACGAAUCCGAGGGAGAUUUGCGCGUCUUGAUCGUUGCGCGUCGUUACGGACAACGACGUAGUUCGCGUUCGCUCACGCCGGCUCGCUACGCUCCAUGUGCGGCGCAGUAGUGCGGUGUCGUCGCUUCCACCCUCGCGGAUACGAGCGGGGGUGCGUGAUGGAAUCGCCGCUCGUGCCGCUCGGCACGAUUCCCCGCAGCUGUCGCGCGGCCGAUCUGGCGGGGACGACUCGCGGACGAGCGAGUGAACGGGGAGCGUCGCUCCGACGGCGGUCGAUCGUAUUGGAGCGCGCGGAGGACGCGGGUGGCGAAAAUGGCGGGCGAUGAAACAGCUGUUUUAGCGCGCGCCGCGCCAUCUGGCGGGGCGCGCGCGCGACACGGCACGCUACGGUAACGAGGGAGGACAACGGCGGCAGCGGCAGCGACGACGACGGAGACGACGACGGCGGCGGCCGCGCGACAGGCGGACGUGAGUGAGACGCAUACGGGUCGUGGACCGUGCUCGUGCCCGCAGUUCGGGUCGCAGUGGUUGACGGCGAAAACGGCUAAGACGUUAACAUGGCUGCCGGCUGUUGUGGUACGAAGAAGCAGAAGCUCAACAACUCCGCGGGCGUACCGUGCAACGGCACAGCGGUACUGUCGAACGGCACGCGUAUACGUAACACGCCGAUCGUGCAGCCUGAGAUGGGCUUCUACUGCUUCGACGUCCUCUACUGCCAAUUGCACCAACUUGACCCACCAAAGCCGCCCAACUUCAGCAACGAAGCAUUUCCCUUGUUUGUAACAUGGACUAUUGGAAAGGACAUGCGACUACGCGGCUGUAUUGGUACAUUCAAUGCCAUGCACUUACAUGCAGGACUUAGAGAAUAUGCUACUACUAGUGCUUUCAAGGAUUCGCGAUUCAAUCCUAUAACACGAGAAGAACUUCCACGCUUACAUGUAAGCGUUUCUAUACUGCGGCAUUUCGAAGACGGUGUGGACUACUUAGAUUGGGAGAUAGGAGUCCAUGGAAUUCGUAUAGAGUUCCACAAUGAAAAAGGCAACAAGAGAACUGCUACUUACUUACCUGAUGUUGCGACUGAACAAGGUUGGGACCAGAUACAAACCAUAGAUUCGCUACUGCACAAGGGUGGCUACAAAGGCUUAGUUACACCGGAUAUUAGACGCAGUGUGAAGCUGACGCGGUAUCAGAGCGAGAAGAUUACUGUAAGCUAUCAAGACUACAUGACACAUUGGCAUAACCGACGAUGCUAGCAGCUGGCUUGGGGUCCUAUUCAAGGGCCCCUACCUUGCCAAACGCCCGGCACAUUUUGUUAUAAAAAUAUUUCAGACACAGUUAACGCGUCUUACUCACAAUACAGUUCCACUCAAUAUAACUCUUUUAUGGCCAAUCAACAGCAUACGUUAGUUAUGGUACAGCCGAAUCACCCCACAUUCAUACACACGCUUCCGCUGCCACCAAUUUCUCCCGUUGUGGUACCUAUGCAAAACUAUCCACCAUUUUGAUGGAAUUAUGCGUACCGCAUCCUACAGUACGCUGUAUCGUUAUUCUUUACAAACUUUUGUAAUGCAGAGAAAUGAAUUAAAUGCGUAAAGAAAUAUAACUAAAGGUGGCUGUUAUGUACUAUUUUCUGUUGUUCGAAUUGGUGCUUAUUAUAUAUUUUGAUUGUUCAACAGCAUUUUUGUCUAUCUUUAUUUCUUUUUCUUUCUUUUUCACUAUCAGUUUUUAUGUGAUUAUUCGUCUAUGAAAAGAAAUACGAGAAAAAAUACAAUCCUAAGUAUGGUGGCAAUGUUCUUCCAAAAUAUUUGUUGUAAGCAUAAAUGUAAUAUUGGCAUAGAAACAUUUGUAUAUGGUAGACUUUCUUGUUCUCGUAUUGUACAAUUUUAUGAUUGUUAAAUUUGAAAAAAAAAUCUAUAUGCGAGCAACGAUAUAAAUUCAGUUUACUGUCAAACAUUUGACUAACCAUUAAUCAUUAAAAUAAAAUGUAAAUAUUAUCACUAUAGCUUUGUCAUUACGCCAUCAUGCUAGGACAUUAAAUAUUCAUAUUAGUAUUUGUGGAAAAAGUGACGCGAAGAAUUUCCGAAUAUAUAAUAUUGUCUGUAUAAUUAAUUGUGACUAUCUUAGUCCAAUCAUUCGAUAUAAUGCACAAAUUAAUCAUCUCAUUAAAUUCAUCUGUUUACAUUGCUUGUAAAAGCAGGUUUAAAUUGUCAGCAAAUGUAUGCAGGCAAUGAAAUACUUUGAUUUUUUUAAUAAUAAUAUUCAAGGGAAAAUUUAAUUAAAGCAUUCUAUAAAAUAGUAUGGAUGCGUUAUUAUGUAGAAACAAAAAUGUUUUUCUAAGAUCUUAUGUAAUCGCUAAUUAUUCAUAUUUGCGUAAUAUUUGACACAAUAAUAUUAUAACAUCUGAACAGAAUUUCUUUGCAUCAAUGGUAUAAAUAAUUUUUUUAAAUUGUUAUUACAUGUUGUCUUGUACUGAUUUAUUUAUGGAUGUUUUUUGUUUUUAUUAACAUAUGCAUAACCGUUGUAUAAUGAAACACAAAACAAAUGAAAAGUGAUAUGUAGAUAUAUUGUAUAAAUUUUAAUGUUGCAUAUUUAUACCAUUCCUACAAUGAAGUUUACAGUGUUUAGAUUACAGUCCAAAGUCUUAUUGCAGCAAAGGAUUCUUUAUAUCAACAAUAAUAAUUUAAUAAAUCUGGCAUAUCUAAUCAUUUUUUAAAAUUUCUAAUAUCUUGAUCCAAAUCACAAUAGCUACUUUCAAAAACUAUUAACUUGUUUUAAUCUAAAUCUAAUAGAUAAAUUUUAAAAUGGGACCUCUACUGUAAAUAAGCAAUGGACUGCAUCACACUAACAAAAAAAAAUAUUAGACAUAGACGUAAUACAUAGGUGUAAGACAUUAAAACAAAAAAUGACGAUCUCAUUGUGAUGUUGAUUGCUGUGCAAAUCAUGGUAUCGACUCGUUCAUUAUACUGACAUCAGAUAAAAUCUUUUCCCACUUAAAAAUAGGUAAAGAUAAUGGAAAAGAGCAAAAAUACAGUUAUAUGUACUACAGGUAUUGAGUUAUGAAUAAUAUACAUUCGGUGAAAUGGCAAUAGGAAAUUUACCCGAAAACAUCUGUGUAUCUUAAAUGCGCGUAUGUUUAACAGCAUUAUAACACAUGAAUAGAAGUUCAGGCAUAUUUUAUAUUAAACUGUCUUGCUUCUUAGAUUCCACGGCUAUAUGAUAGCUGAUUUCAUUCACUGCCAACAUAAUCAUUGUUGUAGGCAUUAUACAAAUCCUACUCUUACCGAAAGAAUAAACAGAUCAUGUUGUUGUACUUUGGUUGAA